AUAACGUACGUACCCUUGGAACAGAUAAGUGGCGGCGGGUAAAGGCCGAGUGGAGAUAUCAAAGAGCAAGCUUCAACUAUGGCGGACCAACGAGACGCACUCGUAGACUCGGACGGUACUUCAACGACUGGUGCCAGACCAUGUGGGCCGCCGCCGCCACAGCGAAGCGAAUCUUCAUACCGAGUUGAUGCAAUGCAUAUUCCGGAUUCCAUGAGGUACAUGAUGAACCACGCACGCAGAGGCCGCUGCUUGAUAUUUAACUUCGAGAGCUUCCACGGUCACCAGGCUCCCGGCCAACGUGAAGGAACAGACGUGGACGUGAGAGAGAUCAAACGCGUGUUUUACCAACUUGGAUUCGAAGUCGAAGUCCAUACCAAUCGCAAAGCAAGAGACAUGGAGGAUAUGUUGUGGGAUGAGGCAAUGGAGAACACUGGAGCCGAAGUGGACUGUUUCGUCUGUUUCGUACUAAGUCAUGGCCAGUUGGGAAAGAUUUACGCCUCUGACGACUGCAUCAAGUUACAGGCACUGAGCCGACCCUUCACUUCAUCGGUGGCCAAGCAUCUUCAGGGGAAGCCCAAGAUAUUUUUCGUUCAGGCGUGUCAAGAAGUCGGUGGAGAUUACAAUGCAGCCAUUGACGGGGAAUGGAGCUACGAUAUACCGUCGCAUCCUGAUAUAUUUUUCGCCUUUUCCACGCCGCCAGGCUACUAUUCAUGGAGGAACCCAAGGACUGGAUCCUACUUCAUCCAAACGCUGUGUAAGGUAUUGGAUGACAGCAUCACAGCCGAAGGCACAUCUCCUGAUCUGGAAACGCUGGUGAUUGGCGUGAAUCGAUACAUCUCGUUCAAAUUCGAAUCCUACGUUCCCACCAAAGAAAAGCUUCACGAGAAAAAGCAAACGUGCUGCUACAUUACUACCCUGACUAAGAAGGUGGUCUUUUCUAAAAGGUCAACUGGAAGCAGGAGAAUCAUAUAGUGUGGUACCUCGGGCAUGUUGUCCGCUACCUUUAGCAGAAACUUCUUUGCCCCACUCUCUUGUACGCUUUGGGUACUCGCAAUAAAGCGACGCGUGUAUCUGGUAUACA